AUGCAUUAUACAGUGGUGUGGGAAGGGUUUGUGUCUAAAUUGGACAGGUUGAUCCGCUGGUUACAAGAUGCUACAGAAGCUACAGAAAAUUGGACCCCUCCCUUGCCCGAGACUGAAGCCUUGCAGCAGUAUCUGCACACCCACCUGAACUUUAAGCAGAGUGUGGACAGUCAUUGUGAUUUGAAGGAUUCAGUCAUAGAGGAGGGACAUCGGCUGAUGGAAGUUCUGGUAUCACACAGACCAGGGUUCCUUGAAAUGCUGCAGAUGAUUACUUCUCAAUGGAAAGAAUUGCAGAUACAGAUUCGGCGGCAACAUGGCUGGAUCCUGGGGGCUCUUGACACCAUUAAGGCUGAAAUUCUGCAAACAGAUGAGAACGAUGAGGAACAGACAGAACCAGAGGCAAACGGCACUCCCACCUUUUUAGAAGCGCAAAGAGAUGCUGUAUCCCAGAUGUCUCUGCAGCUGAGCAGUGAGCAGUACUCCAAGGAUCCUCCACACUCUCACCUGGCACCUAUUGAGUGCAGCCAGACCUCAGAAAGUCUACAGGAGGUGGAGGCUGACUGUCAAGAAUCACUGGACUGGUUGCUAGACAUGGAGGCCACUGUACAGAACAAUCUUGGUCUGUUGGUGUCGGAAGAUCAACAUCUACAGAUGUGUAAGAGGUGCAGUGUUGAGAUGUCUAUGCGAGAGGACAAGAUGUUGUCUCUGCUGUCUCGGUUUGAUGCUCUAAAGUGUGAAGGCCCUCUGCUCCCAGGCAGCAUUUUAGACAAGCAAGAGUUAAUCCGGGAAAAGUGGCAAAUGCUGAAGAGAUCACUGUCUGAGGCACUGUCAGACUCAGUUCACCAGCCUGUACUGUCUCCUGGGAGUGGAAGUCUGGUGCAGACAACUGGAUCAGCGAGUGAAGGAGCUCAAAUCAUGGCUGAGAGACACUGA